AUGGCUCCCACCUCUCUUGUGGUCACAAUCGAGAAGAACUUACUGGAAAUCAAUGGCUCUGAUUCUUUGUUGCUUCCCGAGAAGCAGAAGGCUGCCAGUCCCAAGCAACUCACCUGGGUUCUUCUCCUCAAAGCUCACAGAGCUCUGUUUUUCUUCUCGUGGUUCGCCAUCACUGUCAAGACUCUGUUUGCUUCUGUUAAGAAGCGCAUUGCUCAUGCGGAUGUUAACGAAGAGGGUUCCAAGAGCCGAGGGAAGUUGUAUAGGUUCAUUAAAGCUUUUCUCGCUAUUUCUAUUGUGGGUUUGAUUGUUGAACUUAUUGCCCAUUUCAAGAAAUGGAAUCUGCGAAUGAUUCAGCCAUUGGAGCUCGAGGUUCAUGGGCUUCUCCAAUGGUUUUAUGUCUCCUGGCUUUCGUUUCGAGUUGAUUACAUUGCUCCAUUGGUGUUAAUGCUUUCGAAAUUCUGCAUUGUUCUAUUCAUGAUCCAAUCUCUUGAUCGCCUCGUUCUCUGUGUUGGCUGCUUUUGGAUCAAAUUCAAGAAAAUCAAACCCAUCAUUCAAGAUGACGCUUAUGAUUUGGAAGACGCUUCAACUUUUCCGAUGGUUUUAGUUCAAAUCCCAAUGUGCAAUGAGAGAGAGGUUUAUGCACAAUCAAUUGCUGCUGCUUGUGAGCUUGACUGGCCGAGGAAUCGGAUUUUGAUUCAAGUUCUUGAUGAUUCAGACGAUGGAAAUCUUCAGCGUUUGAUCAAAGAAGAAGUUCUGUCAUGGAAUUCAAAGGGUGUUAAUAUUGUUUAUAGACAUCGAUUGAUCCGAACUGGGUAUAAAGCUGGGAAUCUCAUGUCCGCCAUGGCUUGUGAUUAUGUUAAAGAUUAUGAGUUUGUAGCUAUUUUGGAUGCUGAUUUCCAGCCCAACCCUGAUUUCCUUAAACUCACUGUCCCCCAUUUCAAGGGAAAUCCUCAACUCGGUCUCGUCCAGGCUCGGUGGGCGUUCGUUAACCGGGACGAAAACUUACUCACAAGACUUCAAAACAUCAACUUGUGCUUCCAUUUUGAAGUGGAGCAGCAAGUUAAUGGGGCUUUCCUGAAUUUCUUUGGAUUCAAUGGAACGGCGGGCGUUUGGAGAACACAAGCGCUUGAGGAAUCUGGUGGCUGGCUCGAGAGGACGACGGUGGAAGAUAUGGAUAUUGCAGUUCGAGCUCACUUGAAGGGAUGGAAAUUCAUCUUCCUCAAUGAUGUCAAGGUGCUGUGUGAAUUGCCUGAAUCAUAUGAAGCUUACAAGAAGCAGCAACACCGUUGGCAUUCUGGUCCAAUGCAGCUCUUCAGAUUAUGCCUUCCUUCCAUCAUUACUUCAAAGAUAUCAAUAUGGAAGAAGACGAACUUGAUAUUCCUGUUCUUUCUCCUGAGAAAACUCAUACUUCCCUUUUACUCAUUCACUUUGUUUUGUGUCAUACUUCCAUUGACAAUGUUUAUUCCAGAAGCAGAAUUGCCUCUCUGGGUAAUCUGCUACAUCCCAGUCUUCAUGUCACUGCUAAACAUUCUUCCAUCCCCUAAAUCCUUCCCUUUCUUGAUCCCAUACCUCUUGUUUGAGAACACCAUGUCUGUCACAAAGUUCAAUGCCAUGGUUUCGGGGCUAUUCCAGCUCGGAAGUUCAUACGAAUGGAUUGUGACUAAGAAGACAGGACGAUCAUCCGAAUCCGACUUCCUGGCAUUUGCCGAGCGCGAGUCGAAAACUACAAACGAGGAGAAGAUUCUGAGGAGACAUUCGGAGUCGGGACUCAAGUUGUUGAGUAAAUUGAACCAACAAGAGAAGCAAAUGGGUUCAAAGAAGAAGAGAAACAAGGUGUAUAGAAAAGAACUGGCUCUUGCUUUUCUGCUGCUAACUGCAUCAGCUAGAAGCUUGUUGUCAGCACAUGGAGUUCACUUCUACUUCCUGCUAUUCCAAGGUUUGUCAUUCCUGGCGGUGGGUUUUGACUUGAUUGGUGAGCAAAUGAACUGAAAAAGUACCAUUUGGAGUGAAUUUGAUGAAGUUUCUUUUGGUGUUUUAGGCCCUUAUAAAAAAAACUGGGCAGAAAUGAACUAAAAAUGACAGAUUUUCAAAAGGGUAUUUGGUGUUUGAAAAUUGGUAGAUAAAGAUUUUGGAGGUUUUCUGUUCAGUAAAUUUGUACAAUAUAAUGAUACGAUAUAGUAUUGUUAGUAUAUGGGUUUCAAACACAAAAUAAUGGGAAUUCUGAGUCUAAGAGAGAAGUUAUUUUGA